AAGACUUCAAUGGUGAGCAUUGGUUGGAGAGACGCCUAUAGGUGAAAGGUCACCAUUAUAGAAAUGCGCAGACCCGGGAAAGCUGGUUUGUUAAAAGUACGUGUAAGAGGCAUUUUUCUUGGGAAAUGUUUGCCUUUUGGAGCUGAAAAUUACAGGAAAUUCAACAUGAAAGUGCAUGUUGUAGCUUCGUUGGUGUGCCUGUGGGUGACAUCAUGCCUGACCUUUGACCUGACUGUCCUCCACACCAACGACUGUCACGCUCGUAUCCAGCAGGCGGACGGCAAUGGCGGGUCGUGCAGUGAUAGUGAGGCCGCCGCCGGGAAGUGCUUCGGUGGCGUGGCGAGAAGACUCACCAAGAUCAGGGAGAUCCGGAACACGGAUGCCAACGUGAUCCUGCUGGAUGGAGGGGACCAGUUCCAGGGCACGCUGUGGUUCCACUUCUACCAGGGCCUGGAGGCCGCGCGAUUCAUGAACAAGAUGGAGUAUGACGUGAUGGCUUUUGGAAAUCACGAGUUCGACAACAAAGCAAAAGGGGUUAUCCCCUUUCUGAAGAACAGCAACCAUACACAGGUGUGUGCAAACAUCGACGCCUCGAAAGUGCCUGAACUCCAGCGGCUGUUCCAGCCGUCCGUGGUGCUGACGGUGGGAGGGGAGAAGAUAGGCGUGAUCGGAUAUCUCACACCAAACACCACAUUUCUAUCACAAACUGGCCCCGACCUCGUCUUAAGUGACGAAGUUUCAGCCAUAACCGCGGAGGUCAGGAGGCUUCAGGGCGAGGGCGUGAACAAGUUCAUAGCACUGGGGCACUCCGGUAUCAAAGCUGACAUCACCAUCGCUAAACAGGUCCCCGGGCUGGAUCUGGUCGUGGGAGGACACUCCAACACGUUUCUGUACAAGGGUACCCCUCCUGAAGAUGAUCCUAAGUACGGGGAGUACCCACUGACCAUCCAGUCCGAGGUAGAGAGCGGACGGCAGGUUCUCGUGGUGCAGGACUACUUCUUCGGGAAGUACCUGGGUUACCUCAAACUCACGUUCAACCCCGCUGGGGAGGUGACCGAGUUUGCCGGCAACCCGAUUCUUCUGAAUUCAUCGAUUUCCCAAGACAAUGAGACACUGGCAGAAGUCGCCUCCAUGAAAGGUGUCAUCGUGAACCUGACCAGACAGGAGGUCGGACGGACACACGUGUACCUAGACGGGAGGAGGGUGGCAUGCAGACGGGGAGAGUGCAACCUGGGAAAUGUGAUCACGGACGCCAUGGUGCGGGGUAACCUGAAGACCCCGGAUGAAGCGAAGUGGGCUGACGUGUCCAUCGCCAUCUUUAAUAGCGGCAACAUCAGAGCACCCAUCGCUUUCAGGGCUCCUAAUGGGGUUAUUACAGGAGAAGACGUGUUGACAGUUCUCCCUUUCAUGAAUACAAUUGACGUCAUCGUCUUACUCGGUGAGACGCUGUACGAAGUGUUCGAACAUUCGGUGGCGGAGCUGCCUGACACGGAAGCCGGGCAAUUCCUCCAGGUCUCAGGACUCCUCCUGAAGUACGACCUUCGCAAGCCUGUGGGAAAGCGCGUCGUCAGUCUGGAGGCGAAGUGUUCAGACUGUAAAGUGCCGCAGUUCGAGCCAGUCCAGAAACAGAAGCAGUACAAGGUCCUGGCAAACAGCUACAUCGCCAAGGGAGGGGACGGUUACACGAUGAUUAAGGAGAAAACGAUUAGUAUGGAUGCCAUCGGGUAUUUGGACACGGACAUUAUGUUGGCAUACCUGAAGGAUGCAAGUCCCAUCACAACCGGUCUGGAUCGACGCAUAACGUUUGUGGAUGGAACUGCAGCCGGGUCCAGCUCGUUCGUGUCCGCAUCAUUCUAUGUGUUGUUGAUGUUUCCAUUACUGAAUAUGUUCACCACUCUCUUUGGGUGAGCAUGGUUUCUUGGACCAAAGUCCUGGUUAUAAAGUUGAUGAUCCUAAAUACUGCGAGUACAUUAUUAAAGGGUGUGGGUUUAAGGCUAAGCUGUAUUUUUUGGCAACCUUCGCUUAACCUUGAAAUCGUAUAGAUUUUGUAUAGAUAUUGGCAGUUUUUCUGGAGAUUGAUUUAUGAAGUCAGGGUCUAAUUGAUAUAAAAUAGGAUGUUAUUCUAUACCGACAUCGCCUAUUGCAUUGUAGAUUAGCGGCACUUUGUUUCCAUUUCAAGUUCAAUUUCUUUGAUAACGUUAUAUAAAUAUUAGUAUAAAAACGGAGAUUUGUACGCGGUUCUAAUCAGUGUUUAUGGCCUUAGAAUUUGGUUUUUACUUCAGAAAAACGAUAUACAGGGGAAAUAAAGAUAAGUGGUGGAAAAGAAUGUGCAUCGUUUAUUACUUGUAAACGUUAACUAUAGCAUACAUAAGGUACGAAUAAUGCGUUCUGUACGAACAUCAUAAACAAGUAUCAACAAUCGUCAAAUUGUAGACUUUCAGGUUGUCCAAGAUCACUGUCUUUUCAAAACUAGCUUGCUGGAAAGUCGACUUAUCACACAGAUUGGAACAUUUAUUUGACGAAUAAUUUUGGAGUUGAUAAAUAACUGCAUUGAGUAGGAGAGCUGAUUUACAUGUAACAUAUCUAGUCGAAAAAAAAAAA